GUGGGGUUUCCAACCCUUUAAACAACCCUGUUGCCUGUUAUCGAGCUAACUUUUUACUCUUAGUGCCAGAACUGAUUGUGGUGGGACAUCUUUCACUGAGAAAUAACUAAAAUGGAACAUAAUGGGUCUUCUUCAAAUGCCGAUAAAAUCCACCAGAAUCGCCUCUCGAGUGUCACAGAAGAUGAAGACCAAGACGCUGCUCUCACCAUCGUGACUGUGCUGGACAAGGUAGCCACCAUCGUGGACAGUGUGCAGGCAAGCCAGAAGAGACUAGAGGAGAGACAUAGGGAGAUGGAAAAUGCCAUAAAGUCCGUCCAGAUUGACCUGCUGAAGCUGUCACAGUCCCACAGCAAUACAGGCUAUGUCGUUAACAAGUUGUUUGAGAAAACUCGAAAAGUCAGUGCUCACAUUAAAGACGUGAAGGCCCGGGUGGAGAGGCAACAAGUUCACGUGAAAAAAGUCGAAUCCAAGCAAGAGGAAAUAAUGAAGAAAAAUAAAUUCCGUGUGGUAAUAUUCCAGGAGGAGAUUCGGUGUCCGACAUCCCUGUCUAUUGUUAAAGACAGAAGCCUGACUGAGAAUCAAGAGACCGACGAGGAUGUCUUUGACCCCCCAAUAGAUCUGUCUUCAGAUGAAGAAUAUUAUGUCGAAGAAAGCAGAUCUUCCAGGCUUAGAAAGUCAGGCAAGGAGCGCAUUGAUAAUAUCAAAAAGGCAUUUUCCAAAGAAAACAUGCAGAAGACACGGCAGAAUUUGGACAAGAAAGUGAACAGAAUUAGAACUAGAAUAGUGACCCCGGAGAGGAGAGAAAGGCUAAGGCAGUCGGGGGAAAGGCUGAGACAGUCAGGGGAAAGGUUUAAGAAAUCCAUUUCUAACGCAGCUCCCUCAAGGGAAGCUUUUAAGAUGCGUCGCCUUCGGAAAGCAAAAGACCGAACUGUGGCCCAGGAUGCGGAGGAGGUCAGGGAGAUGGGUGUGGACAUCAUUGCCAGAAGCGAGUCUCUGGGCCCCAUCAGUGAGCUCUACACUGAUGAGCUCAGUGAAACAGACCGCGAGGAGGCCAGGGCUGCGUAUCCUCCCAGAGAAGAAGGGGAGAUCUCAAUCCCCGAGCCUUUGAAAGUUACUUUUAAACCCCAAGUGAAAGUUGAGGACGAUGAAUCUCUUUUGCUAGAUUUAAAGCAGUAAUCAUAAAGAGGAACUAAACAUAAGUAUACAUCUCUUCAAUCACAAGGUUCUAGUUUAAAUAGUAUAGUCAUUGACGUUGAUGACAUAGUACAGUCAUGUACAUUUAUUAAAUAGUGUAGUCAUUUACAUUUGUUCAUAGGAAAACAUGAAUGAUACGGCUGGUUUCAUUUCUGAUGUUUAAAAUCUUAAAGAUAACACAAGUAUAGACAUUUCCUUAUAACUUCCUUGGGAAUUCCUUUUUCUUCCCUGGGCUUAUACGAUUCUAUCAACUUUAUCUUUUAAGUCAUUCUCUUGGCAGCUGUGGAUUUUUAAGUUCUUUUCUCUUGCCCAGGAGGAAAGUAGUUUCUUAGCAAGGGCAGUUAGGCGUUUGGUGUCUAAAACAUGUGAAGGGCAAAGUUGUAGCCAUCAUUUGCAAGUAAACUCCCAGUUUUGGUCUAGAUGGGUGUUGUGGCCAAGCUCAAAAGGGAAUAACCCAUGUGGAGAUUAUAUCAUCCACAUGUUCAAAUAGAUUCAUUAGUCAAUUAGUAGUCAUACCUCUUUUUGAUGCUUUUGCAUAAAAACUAUGAAGUGCUGGACUCGAGUGUUUUGUUCUGGCAUUCUAGUUUUACUUACACCACGCCACUUAGCAAGUCACUUGCUAAUAAACUCAUCAGUAAAAUGGAGAGGGUUUGUCUCUCUAGUCUCAGAGGACUGUUGUGAUGAUCAAAGGAAAUGUUACAUAUUCUGGGGGGAACAGGGAGCACCUCCAGAGAAAACAAACCCCACUCGUUCCUGAGGAACAGAAUUGAAAUAAUUAGACCUUCUGAAAAAGACUUAGGCACCAAGCAUUGAGGACCUAAGUUAGACAGAAGCCAAAGUUGGUCUUCGGAAGCCUUUUCACAGAAUAGGAAUGAAAAAUAAAUGUUCGGGUGACAUCUUUUUUGUCAAAAGACUAAAAUCCAACCUUCAGUAAGGGUCUUAAAAUAUUUCCUGGAAACUCCUUUUCUAAUUUUCUUUUGAUUUAGAGCUAUGGUAGACUAGAGCAAUCUUUGAACUGCAUGAAGCAUAAAACGAUGACUGUGUGUCUUCAAGAGGACUUUCUAAAGUCUUUCCUGAUGGCAGUGGGUUUUGGAAAUGACCUCAUGUUUCUGUUUUCCAGGGUGAACCCCUCAGGGCCUGUCUGUCUAAAACAGGGACCAUAGGAAUGCAUCGUAGCUGGUUUGGGAGGAAGCCAGAUUCCACUUAACCAUUAGCUUUAGACCUAGCCAAUCUGGAAGUUGAUAUUAUUGCUAAGGAGAGAAAUGGUCCUACUGGUUCUGCACUUCUGGUAUGUUUAAGUCUUCUGGUUUUAUAAUGGGGAAGAAAUGAUGGAAUUGUUGAAUUUGAAGAGUUUAGACAGGCAGCUUUCAGAUCAAUUUGGGGUGCUCCUAAAGUAGUUAAAAAUUAAACAAAUAUACACAGAUACACAGAGUCAGACACACACAAAUCAGCUUUCAAGUAUUGGACUCGGUUCCCCAGAUAUUUGGGUUUGGGAGUUUGACUCAACAUCAUUUCCUCUUCACUCUGCAUGAAUACAUAAAAUCAUGAGUUGUGCAUCUCAAUCAUCUUUUUAUAUUGAACACUAAAGUGUUUACAACAUUCUUUGAAAAGAACAAUUUUUAAAAAUGUAGUUUAGAAAGAGCUUGGAUGCCUCGUCACGUAUUUCCUUAAAGCCAUAAUAAAUUUGAAUUUGAAAAAGUUU